AUGGUGACUCUCAUUCCCAAGAAGGAGGAAGCCAGAACUAUAAGAGACUAUAGACCUGUCUCAUGUUGCUCUACACCCUACAAAAUCAUAUCCAAAAUUCUAACCUACAGAUUGGGGAAAGUAAUAGGCAGUAUUAUCAAUGGAGAGUUAAUUUCUGCCAUGCCAACUAAACAUGGACUUAGACAGUGGGAUCCCAUUUCCCCUCUUCUCGUUGUUCUAUUUAUGGAGUAUUUGAAUAGAUGUUUUCACAAAAUGAAGAAAAAUCUAGACUACAACUACCACUCCCAGUGUGAGAAGGUAAACAUCACAAACCUUAGCUUUGCUGAUGAUUUACUCUUAUUUGCUCGAGGAGACAUUAUUUCUGUGGAUCUCAUAAUGAAGACUAUCCAUAGUUUUUCAGCGGCUACUAGGUUAAAGAUGAAUGCUAGUAAAUGUAAGAUUUAUUUUGGCAGUAUGGAUGAGAACACCAAGCAGGAGAUAAAACUCUUAACAGGUUUUUCUGAAGGGCCACUCCCAUUCCGAUACUUAGGAGUCCCUAUAACAACUAGGAAACUGAAUUGUCAUCAUUAUACAAGUUUGGUGGAGAAAAUAGUUGGGAGGAUAACCCAUUGGAGUGCUCGACUAUUAAGCUAUGCAGGUAGAAUUCAAUUACUGAAGAGCAUCACGUUUGCAGUCACCAACUAUUGGAUGCAAUGCUUUCCCCUCCCUAAGCAUGUGAUCCACAAAAUAGAUGCGAUUUGUCGUAGUUUUAUAUGGACAGGUGGCAAGGAAAUUAGCAUAAAAUCACCAAUCUCGAGGGAUAAAGUCUGUAGGCCGAAAUGUAAUGGUGGAAUGAAUUUAAUUUCUCUGCAAAUCUAG